AUGGCUGAAGAAGAUUUUAACUUGGAUAUGAGCAUAGAGUCUGUGGAGAUAAGUUACUCAGUACCAGAAGCAAUGAUGCAAGAUAUGGCUCCAGAUACCCCUCCUAUUCAUGUUACAAGUUAUAGACAAGUUGGAUACUUGCUCGAGAUAACCAAAACGCACGGAGUACGGCUUUGUGUAUCAAACCGUAGCAAGAUGAGAAGCCGUAGCAAGAUGAGAACGGUUUCAGAGGAAAGGGAAGAAGUUAAUGAAGCUGGUGGGGAGGAGGAUGAUGGCGAGAAGGAUGAUGGGGAGGAGGAUGAUGGGGAGGAGCAGGAUGAGGAGGUGGAUGAUGGGGAGGAGGAUGAUGGAGAGGAGGAUGCUGAUAUCUGUGAUGUUGCUGAAGCGGUCGAGGAUGGUGAGAAUUACAGUGUUUAUGGAAAGGUCAAAGAUGAGGACUCAGAAGAAGAUGAUAUGUGUUUUGAAGAUUUCAAAGAAACAUAUGCUAUUGAAGGAGAAAGAUUUCAAAGAGACAAGCUACAUGUCAACCAGAGUUUCGUUAGCAAGGAUGCAUUGGUUUCGGAGGUGCGGUUGACAUCAGUGAGGCGUGGAUUCACCUUCAGAAUAUACAAGUCAUCGAAAACUCUCAUUGUGGCAAUAUGUCGGGUUAGUGGUUGUGGAUGGAGGCUCAGAGCGAGUGUAAAACAUGGGACAAACACGUUUUGGGUAACAAAGUAUGUGCAAGCUCAUACAUGCUCAGUGGGAGAUAGAAUCGCUCAGCGGAAACAUUGUACUCCGAAGUAUGUUGCUCGGCUUUUCAUUGAUCGUGUUGGAAUCAUUGAUGGGUUAAAUCUGCAGCAUAUCACUGAUGCUAUGAAGAACAUGUUUGGUAUGAUGCUUAAUUACACCACUUCAUACAGAGCACUGUUAUAUGCACAAAUGUUGGUGAGAAGAUCAGCAGAAGAUGGGUAUUCACGACUGCCAUCAUAUCUCGAGAAAAGAAGGGUCAUUGUGGUGGAUGGGACUCACCUAAGUGGGAAGUAUGGAGGUGUUAUGUUAGUUGCAGCGGCACAAGAUGGGAAUUUUCAGAUAUUUCCGUUGGCUUUUGGGAUCGUAGAUGCUGAAGAUGGACCUUCUUGGGAAUGGUUUUUCACAAAAUUGGCUAGUUGUAUAUCCCAUGAUUCUCCUCUGGUGAUAGUGUCUGACCGGCACGAGGCAAUUAAAAGUGCUGCUUAUGCUCACACAGUUUCAGAUUUUGACCGGUACAUGGCUGAGAUACGGAGUGCAAACCCAGACUUUGCAACGUAUUUGGUGAAUGCAGACGUUAGCCUAUGGUCAAGGGUUUACUGUACGGGAGACAGGUACAACAUAAAAACGAGGAACAUCGCUGAGUCUAUUAAUUCCGCACUGAAGCGAGCUAGGGGAUUUCCGAUUGACUUCCUGUUGGAGUUCAUAAGGGAGAAGCUAGGAAGGUGGUUUUGGAAAAGGAGAGACGAUGCAUUGAGUCUCCCAACUCAAAAUAGUCGGGGUGUAGAAUACUUGCUUGCUGUUCGGUCAGAGAUAGCGGAUAAGAUGAGAGCCCAACCAAUUGAUGGAUGGAAAUUCUUUGUGAAAGGUGGCAAAAUGGACUGUGAUACUCAGAGAAUAUAUAUCCUUGUAAUCGACAAGCGGUUGAGGCACGCACAUGCUUUCCUCCAGAUGUAA